AUGGGGAACUCGCAGAGUGCGGACGCGAAGGCGGAGAUCGGUAGCGGUGAGGGUGAGAAAGUAGCUGGGGGCGCGACGGCUAAGGGAACGGUUCAGAGCGGCGGCGACGGGAAGGAGAACGCACAGAGCGCUAGUGUUAGCAGCGUGAGCGCGGACGGAAAGAGAGGCGUUAGCGACGCGCGCGCGAAACGAGACGCAAACGCGGAAGGAGGCGCGAGCGCGAAAGCGGACGCGAGUGCUGCGGGGAACAUGAAGGGAGGGAGCGGGAAGGAGGGCGUUCAAGGUGGAGACGCGAAGGCAAGCGAGCAAGGCGUGGCUGCAAGGGAGAAGGGUGCGGAGAAGGGUGCAGAGAAGGUCGUAGCUCCUCCACCAACUACCCGGCCUGCCACUGCUGCCCCUGCAGCAGCAGCAGCAGCAGCAGCUAAAUCACCCACCCCUCCGCCCCCUCCGUUGACCAAGCCCUCACCAGCCCAGUCAGUGGGUGGGGGCAGGCCGUCAACACCCCAGCCUGCCACUCCCUCCCCUGCAGCAGCAGCAGCAGCAGCAGCAGCAGCAGCAGCAGCAGCCAAAUCACCCACCCAUCCCACUCCCUCAUCAGCCAAGGCCCCACCAGCUCAGUCAGUGGGUGGGAGCAGGGCACCAACACCCCAGCCUGUCACCUCAACCCCCCCUACUGCACCAUCAUCUGCACCUGCAGCACAAGCACCAGCACCAGCAAAAUCACCCACCCCUCCCCCCACUGCCACUACAGCUGCCCCUCCUAAUGCAAGUGCUUCUGCUUCUACCCCUACUCCUGCCCCUAUGCCUGCCCGUGUUUCUGCCCCUACACCUGCCCGUGUUUCUGCCCCUACACCUGCCCGUGUUUCUUCCCGUGCUACAGCUCCCACAGCAGUCCAGCCGUCAACAGUCAAGGGACAGCCAACGAAACUGCAGCCUUCAACUGUAACAGCGAAACCACAGCCCUCGGCUGUAGCAGCAAAAUCACAGCCUUCAUCUUUAGCAACGAAUUCCCAGUCCUCAGCUGUAGCAGCGAAACCACAGCCUUCAUCUGUAGCAGCAAACUUUCAGCCUUCAUCUGUAGCAGCAAACUUUCAGCCUUCAGCUGUAGCAGUGAAAUCCCAGCCUUCAGCUGUAGCAGCAGGCACAAAGACAUCCCCAGCUGUAGCACCCGCAGCUCCACCUGCUGCAGCUGUAGCAGCAGGUAGAACGGGAGUUCAGCCAACAGCUGUAGCGGGUGCUAAUGCGGCAACUGUAGCAGGUGCAAACGCCGCAACUGUAGCAGGUUCAAAUCUGUCAAAUGCAGGGACAGCUGUAGCCGGUGGGAAGCCAGGGCCAGCUGUAGCAGCUGUGACUGCAGGAAAGCCUGGUUUGGGGGCUGUAGCUGCAGGGACACAGGGAGGUAAAGAAAGUCCUGCCCCUGUCACGGCUGUAGCGGCUGGCAGGCUGGGAGUGCAACCAGCAGCUGUAGCGGGAGGAAAGGCAGGGCCAGCUGUAGCAGGAGGGAAGCCUGGGCCGGCUGUAGCAGGAGGGGCGGCAGGGCCGGCCGUAGCAGGGGGAAAACCAGGGCCGGCCGUAGCAGGGGGGAAACCAGGGCCGGCUGUAGCAGGAUGGAAGCCUGGGCCGGCUGUAGCAGGAGGGGCGGCAGGGCCAGGUGCAGUGGGUACAAUGCGGGAAGAAGCUGCAGCAGCCAUAGCAGCAGCUGUAGCUUCUAUAGCAGCAACAAGAAUGGGUGGAACUCCAGUGGCUGUAGCUGCACAGAGUGCUACAGCCGGCUCAUCUGCUGCAAAUGCACAGCCUGCUACAGCUGGACAGUCUCGUGUAGGGCCACAGUCCGCUACAGCCGGCCCGUCUGCUACAAAUGCACAGACUGGUGGUGUAGCCCCAUUGAAAGCUGUAGCCCCACCGACAGCUGUAGCACAACCGAUAAAGGCACCCACACCACCACCACUAGCACCAGGUCAGAAGGGUGUGGUGCAAUCAGGGGGAAUGCAGCAGCAGAUUGGGGUGCAGAAAACACCGCCUGUAGCACAGAAGGGUGUAAUACAAACAGGGGGAGCGCAGCAGCCGGCUGUAGCGCAGACAGGUGGAGCAGCACAGCAGGCUGUAGCACAAAAAGCACCACUUGCAACCCAGCAGGUUGUAGCACAAAAAGCACCACUUGCAGCCCAGCAGGCUGUAGCACAGCAGGCGGCAGCGCAGCAGGCUGUAGCGCAAAAAACACCCGCUGGGCAGGCAACGAAGGCGCCUGCUGGUGCUGUUGCCUCAAGGCCACACGCUCCCUUCCCUUCCCUGCACCCCCCAGCAGGCAACGCAGAGAAGCAAACCCCAGCAGCUACUGCCGCUACACCAAAGCACCCCCAGCAGCCCCAGCAGCCCCAGCAGUCCCAAUCAAUCUCUGCAGCGCAGCAAAAGCAGUCACUUCCAUCCUCCACGUCGACCUCCCUGCCCGCCAAGUAUAUUGGUGCGACUUUUGAGAAUUCUCAAAAGUCGCCCCAAACCAUCACUGCAGCGCCUCAAAAGCAGUCACUUCCAUCCUCCACGUCGACCUCCCUGCCCGCCAAGCCAACAGCUCCUUCCCUUGCACGAUCCUCGUCAUUCCCGCUAGGUAGGGCGGCAGCGGGGCAGCAGGCCCCUGCAGGGCAGGUCGGCAGGGCGGCAGCGGGGCAGCAGGCUCCCGCAGCCACGAUCUCCCAGCUGCAGCAACAGCAGCAGCAGCAGCAGCAGCAGCAGCAGCAGCAGCAGCAGCAGCAGCAGCAGCAGCAGCAGCAGCAGCAGCAACAGCAGCAGCAGCAGCAACAACAACAGCAGCAGCAGAGACUACACCAGGCACAGCAGCAGCAGCAACAGCAACAACAACAGCAACAGCAACAACAGCAAGCACAGCAGCAGCAACAACAACAACAGCAACAGCAGCAACAGCAAGCACAGCAGCAGCAGCAACAACAACAACAACAGCAGCAGCAGAUCCAGCCUACACAGAAUUUGAAGCAGGCUGUGCGGGCAAAGAAAGUCCACGACCCAGACAAACCCACCAGGGGACGGGGACGACCUCGGAAGAACCCCAUUAAGGAGAACCCUAAAAAGGAGAAUCUUGUAAAGGAGAGCUCUAUGAAGGAGAACCCUAUAAUGGGGAAUGCUAUAAAGGAGAGUUUGGUAAAGGCUUCUGCAGGGGGUGGACUGAUUGUGUCAUCUUUGGGGGUUCAAGGGGAGAGGCAGGAGCAGCAGCAGCAGCAACAGCAGCAGCAGCAGCAGCAGCAAGAGCAGGAAGCGGUGGGAAAAGAGAAAGGAGGCGGAGGGAUGGAGAACGGGGAGCGGGGAGGAACGGAGAGGAGGGAGGGAUGGAAGGAGGUGCAAUUGGUGCAGCAGCUGAAAGAGCAACCGCAGCAGCAGCAGCAGCAGCAGCAGCGAGAAGCUAAGGUCUCUCAGUCGAAGGAGCAGCAGCAGGCAGGGGCAGGGAGGUCCCAGCCAAUCCACAACUGGCCUGAAGAACUCCCAUUCCCCCUCCCCCAGUUCUCCCUUCCCCAGUUCUCCCUCCCCCAACUCCCCCUCCUCCAAUUCCCUUCCCAGCGCCUCCCCCCAGGCCCCCCCCUUCCCCCUCGUGCUUCCCCCGCUCCCCCAACUGCCCCUUCUCCUUCCCCUGGUGCUCCCCCCGUUCCCCCUCGUGCUUCCCCUGCUCCCCCUGGUACCCCCCCUCCCCCUUCCGCCCCCGCCCCCCUCGGUUUCCCCCUUGACGCAGCCACUGCUGCUACAGUGCAGCAUGCAGCGGUUACUGUAGCGGAUCAGAUCCCCAAAGAUUCGAUUCUGUGGGCGGCUGUGGCAGAGCAGAAGGUUGAGAUUCUGGAGAGAGCACUCGAGGAGACCAAGGAGCGGGCUGUUGCCAUGAUGGAGAGAUUGAGGUUGAAUGCAGAGGCUAAGGGCCUGUGUUGGUUGAGAGCACUGGAGGAGACUAAGGAGCGAGCUGUUGCCAUGAUGGAACGACUGAGGUUGAAUGCCGAGGCUAAGCACAAGGCAAUGGAGCGAGAGCUGGAGGAGGAGAGGAGGCGAGUGGAGGAGCCGCCACUGCUCUUCCUUCUCACCUGCGCUCUACCCUCACUCUUCGCACUUCCUCACCCCUUAAUCCCUAUGUCCCUUUUUCCCCACCAGCACAAGGCGAUGGAGCAAGAGCUGGAGGAAGAGAGGAGGCGAGUGGAGGAGCUGCAGGGGCGGCUCAAAGCAGCGGAGGCCAGGCGGAAUGGCAGCAGCAGGGGCAUUGCUACCGUGCCUCCUCCUGUCCCUCCCUUUAAUCCUCCCCAUGCUGCUGCGCCAGCAGCUGCAAACGCACCUGCUUCUGCUGCUGCUGCUGCUGCUGUGCCUGCUGCUGCCGGUGCCGCUGCAGCAGCUUCUGCAGCAGCUCCUCCUGUAAGUCCGAGCCAGGCCCAGCUGCUGAAGGCCUUCCCUUCGUCGUCCAGCCUCAGUGGGGGCGAUGCCACUGCUGCUGCUGCUGCUGCUGGCGCUGGUGGUGGUGGUACAGGUGGUGGCCCUUCUGGUGGGAGGGAAGGGAUGGGAGGUGCAGGAUUGGGAGGAGGGCUGGGUUUGGGGGCAGCAGGUUUGGGAAGCGGGUUAGGUUUGGGCGCAGCAGGGUUGGGAGGAGGAGGAGGCGGAGGGGGAGGAGUGAGGGCAAUCUCGCUCUCCCCUGCCGUGGGAUUCGGCCUGCACCACCUCCUGUCUCCUCGUCGCACACCUGAUUCUCCUGCCGCUGCUGCGGGUGCUGCCGGUGGUGCGGCCGGUGGUGCAGCUGGUGCUGCUGGUGCGGCCGGUGGUGCUGCCAGUGGUCUGGGAGCGGGAGGAGGGAGGUUUCAGGCAGCAGGGGAGGAGGGAGGGGUGGUGGAGGUAGCAGUAGGGGCGCUAGACCCGUCUCUGCUCGGUCCGUGGGCUGCAGAGGCAGCGCUUUCAGGGGCGAGGGAAAGCCGGGCAGACAAUUGGCAGGCUGGUGGUGAUGGCAGUCCUCACCUGCAGACGCAGCAGCUGCUUGGGAUCCACAAUUUCCCAGUCGUGCAAGGGCAGCAGCAGGUGGGUAGCAGCAGCUUAGAUGAGCAAGGGCAGCAGCUCAGUAGCAACAGUUUCCGGGUUCCGGGGCAGCAGGUCGCGAGGAUUUUCUUGGAAGGUUCUCAGGCGGAUCGGGUUGCGACCCAGGUUUCAGCAAGGGACGCUGGUGGGAGCGAGCGAGAGUGGCUGCAAGAAGGGAGGGAGCGGGUGGAGAGGGGUGGGAAGGAGGGGGCUGGUGCGUUGAGCGGGGAUGGGGCGGCGAAGCAGGCUGGUUUCAAUGCUGCUGCUGGUGCUGGUGGUGGUGGUGGAAGUGGUGGAGGGAUUGGGUAUGGCGGGUUUGGUGCUGCUCUUUCUCUAGCUCCACCUGAGGGCAGGAACAGGAGGCCAGGAGAGGUAGCCGACACUAGUAGCCCUGCUGUUUCUGGUUUGCCAGCUUCCGUUGGGCCAUCUGCUGUAGCACCAGCUGUAGCGGCUCCAGUUUUAGCAGCACCAUCUGUAGCUGCGGCUGUAGCAGCUGCAGUGGGAGCAGACGCUUCUGUGCCCGCUGCUGCAACUGCUGCGCCUGCUGCUGCUGCUGCUGCUGCUGCUGCUGCUGCUGCUGCUGCUGCUGCUGCUGCUGCAACUGCUGCUGCUGCUGCUGCUGCGCCUGCUGCUGCUGGUGCUUCGUCACACGCUCCUGCAGUUGAGUCAGCAGAGGUGGUUGCACCUGUUGCAGAAAAGCCAGCAGCAGCAGCGACAGCAGGAGCGGCAGGGGCAGUAGCCGAAACAGCAGGAAUAGGACCAGCGGCAGGGGCAGCAGCAGCAACUGCUGCAGCAGGAAUCGCAGCAGCACCAGCAGGGGCAGCGGGAAAGAAACCUGCAAAGAAGGGAAUUGUGAAGGCGAAAGCCGGCGAAGGGAAGGCGAAAGGAAAGGGCUUGCCAGGCUUGGGGAGGGCAGGCAUUGGAGCAGGCACACCUGGGAAGGUGAAGCCUGGGGGAGGUGUAACUGCGAAGGUGAAGGUUGGUAAGGCUGGGGAGGGGGGAAAGGAGGGCAAGGAGGGAGAGGAGCAAGAGGCAGUUUCAAAGAAAGUGGUGAAAACGACUAAGGGAGAGAAGAAGGGAAGGGGAGAGGCGGUUGUGAAGGGAGGGAAGAAGGUGGUUGGGGCGGAGGACGCUAAGGGCAAGAGUGGUGCGGCUGGUGGUGUUGAGAGGAGUGGUACUGCUGGUGCAGCUGGUGGUGCUGCUGAAGACAAUACUUCUGGUGCUGGUGGGGCUGUUACAAGAACAGCAGGAGGAGGGGCAGAAGCAGCAGCAGGGGGAGGAGGAGGAGGAGCAGUACGAGCAGCAGCAGCUGAUAUGGCAGGCGCAGCAGAGGAUUCAGAGCAUACAGAGACAGCAGAUGAAGGGGGGGAGGGCGAGAAGGAGGAACAAGGGGAGGAGGCGGUUAGUGGGUGGGUUGCAGGCGCUGACACGGGUACUGUUGGGGUAGCACCUGUUGAAACGGGGGUAGAAACCAAAAAAGCCCAAGGAGGCGAGGGCAGAGUGAAGAAACCUAAGGAGAAAGUGAGGAAGCUAGAGAAGGGGCAGGUAGGGGAAAAGGGGAAGGCAGGAGGAUUGGGUCCUCGUGCUGGUGCUGCUGGCGCUGUUGGUGAUGCUAGUGCUGCUGGCGCUGGUGGUGCUGCUGGUGCUGCUGGUGCUGCUGGUGCUGCUGGUGCUGCUGGUGCUGCUGGUGCUGCUAGUGAUGCUAGUGCCAAGGCGAUUGCAAAACGGGUGAAAAUGGUGGGGAAGGAUGGGGCAAGAGGAACAGGAGAGGGCGGAGAGGGCGGGCAUAAGACAGAGAAUGAAGGGGCACAAGGCAAGGCGGCGACUAAGAGAAAGGCAGCAGGGACGGAUGAUGGAGGAGUUAAGAGGAAAAAGGCAAAGGUUGUAGCAGGUGCUGUGGGGUUGGAGGUGGGUGGAGGUGCGGAGGAGUUGGAGGGGGUAGAGGGGAUAGAGGGAGGAGUUGGUAGGGAAAGGGAGGGGGGUGAUUCGAGCAAGCAGGAGAAAGAGAAGGGAAAGAAGCAGGGGAAAGGAAAGCAAGUGAAAGCAGCUGGUGGGGAAAGAGGGGGUAAGAGAACACAUCAAGAGGCAGAAGAAGCUUCGGGCAGGCCAAAAAAGAAAGUUCCGAAGGGAAAAAAGGCCGGUGGGGUCAGAGAAGGGGCAGACGCUGCAGAAGCAGUGGAGGAAAAUGGGGAGGAUUUUGCAGCUGGUACUGAAGCAGCUAGUAAAGAGGAUGAAAAUGUUACCACCCCCAUAAGUGGCUCUGCUGCUGCUCCUUUGAGUGGGUCUGCAGUAGGGGCGUCGUGUCUGGAUCUGCUGCUGAUGGGUGUGGACGCUGUAAGCCGUCUGGAGGAAAUGGAGGAGAAGAGAUCUGAAUCUGCCAAUGAGCCUUCUGCACCUGCGCCUGCUGCUGCUGCUGCUAGGGAAGGGCAAGUGGAGCAGGAGGAAAGGGAGGAGGGAGAGGAGGAGGUGGAGGAGGAGGGGGGUCGGGAGUCGGCUAGAUUACCGCAGGAAGGGAAAGGAGGGAAGGAAAGGACGGGAGAGAAGGAAGGGAAGGAAGAGAAGAGAGAAAAGGGACAGAAGGGAGAGAAGAGGGAGAAGGGAGAGAAGGGAGAGAAAGGAGAGAAGAAAAAGGGAGGAGCUCUAGCCAGGGGUAAAGGGACCAAGGGAACCGAGGGCGCUGGGGCAGAUUCGAAAGUUACCCCUUUUGAGGUGCGACCAAGUAAGGUGAUGAAACAGGCGGGCUUGAAACAAGGAGAACCUUCGAACGCACCUGAGGUUCGAAAGCAGUACCUGGGGGUUCUUAUGGGGGGAGUGGGUGUGAAGGAGGGCCAGACAAAGCAAGGGAAGAAGCAAGUAAAGAAGGGGGUAAAGGAGGAGGAGAGAAAGGGAGAGAGUGGGGUCGAGAAACCGCCUACUGGACGAAUUUUUGCUGUUGGUGGCCCUAAGAGUGUGUUUGGUGCGUUGCAAAAGUCUUCUACUGGUCCUAAAACUGACUCUAAACUCAAGGUUGCUUCAAAGAACACAGCUGCUGUUGCGGGCGCUGCUGCUGCUGCUGCUGCUGCUGCUGCUGCUGCUCCUGAUGUUGGUGGUAGAUCUGGGAUGUUGAAACGAGCUCUGGCCAUGGUGCGAGAACGGGAGGGGGGAGAAGAGGAGAUCAGAGAGCGCGAGGAGUGGAAGCAGCAGCAGCAGCAAGGGGAGAGUGAGGAGGAACAGGAGCAAGAGGAGGAGGAAGACGAGGCGCAAGAGGAGGAGGAGGAGGAGGAGGAGCAACACUCAGGAAUCAAGGGCAGGGGAGAAGAGAGAGCAGAUGCUGCUGAUGACGAUGAUGAUUUAGAACUCCGGGAGCUGGGCAGAGGGGCGGUCGGGGUAGGGCCGGGGGAAGGGGGGGUAAGUAUACCUUGGGAGGGGCUUUCCUCUUGGGGAGACAGGGGGAGGCAGUGGAGUGGAGAAGCACCAGAGAGAGCAUCUGGGGGGUCUGGUGCUGGUGCUGCUGCUGCUGCUGCUGCUAGAAGUGGUGGUGCCAGUGGUGGUGGUGAGGCGAUGACUGCGGCAAGAGGAUCAGGGCGAAGGAAGUCCAAACCAAAAUCAUCAAGUACAGCAGCUGGUGCUGCCGGUGGUGGUGCUGGUGCUGCUGGUGGUGCCGGUGGUGGUGGUGGUGGAAAGGAGGGGCCUCAGGAGGCGACAAGGCCCACUCGGCACAGCAAGAGACUGGGAGUUCGACAGGUAUGUGUGUGUGAGAGUGAAAGGCACGGAGUGAGACACCGAGAGAGAGGCACAGAGUGCGGGGAAACGUGGAAAGGAGGGGGCUCAAGAGGCGACAAGGCCCACUCGGCACAGCAAGAGACUGGGAGUUCGACAGGUAUGUGCGUGCGAGUGAGAGGCACAGAGUGA